AACGGACGAAGACAUGGCUACAGGGACAGCCAAAUCCGGAAGACUCACUAAAUGUCGCAGGGGCAAACAGGAGUAAACAAAACGUAUCGCUGCGGCUGGGCGGUUAGUGCGUUCACUCAACGUUCACUCAACGUUCACUUGACAAGAGUUCACUGUUGUCGCCGGCGACACGCAGCUAUUAUGGAUACCUCUCCAACCUCCCUAUUUGACUCUUAUGAGCAGGACUUUCAACAAAUCGUUUCCAGUAUAAGGGACAAGUUGGAGGGUGAUGCGAAGGGUGAUGUGGCUGAGCAGCGAAAGGCAGCGUUGAGGAGGGUGGAAAUGGAACUAGACGAGGCAGACGAGAUGGUCUCGCAAAUGGAGAUUGAGAUUCAGGGUAUCCCUCAGUCGUUGAGACCCUCUUACCAAUCUCGCAUCAGGUCUGCCAAGGCCGACCUACAGCGGUACAAGAAACAAUCGAAAGACUUGCAUGCUCAGGCUGCCCGCUCCGACUUGCUCUCGCGUCCAGGAAUGGGUGGCUUGCCCUCUUCAGACGACCCUUAUGGUCCCUCAAGUGAUCGGACAAGACUUCUCGCCGGUACCGCUUUGCUUGAAGAUGGCUCCAGGAGGUUGAUGGACAGCCAGAGGGUUGCACUAGAGACGGAGGAACAAGGUGCGGAUAUCCUUCGAAGUCUUCGGGGCCAGCGGGAACAGAUUCAGAACGCCAGAGACACGCUCUCUCGAGCGGAUACGUCCAUCGGCCGUGCCUCAGGCACGCUCAAGAGGAUGAUUCGCAGGUGGAUAUGAUACAUCGCAGAAUGUACCAACAGCGCGUCGUCACAGCUGCCAUCGUCGUCGUUCUCGUUCUUCUGAUAGGCAUUAUCCUCUGGGCCAAGCUUCGUUGAUGAUGACCCGCUCUUCCUCCCACUUACCAGAUACCGCUAUUAUGUCUUCUCGAGACUCUCACCGCACUCGGCCCGAGUGUGCUUUAAUUGGACUAUCACUGUUUUCACAUACCUGUACUGGAACACUGUUGUAUUUAUGGAUAUCACCGGUACUUGCUCCUAUUCAACUGCAGGCUCAUCUGAAUCUUGGUCCAAAACAGUGGCUGACCUCUUGCUGAAUGUAGAUUCAAGUGCAAAUGACCUUGGCUUUACAGUUUCAUCUACUCCGUGAAUGAUUUAUACAGAAAAAUGUAUUAGAAUCAGGGUUAGGAAGCCGUCAGGGAUUAGGGCGAAGUGGACGAGCGUCUGUGGAGGGAAAGCCUAACCUGGUUGAUAUAGAGGAUAAAGGAGUUGAGUAGUUACGAAGUACGCAUGCAGAUUUUGUUGAAGUGGGGAGAUGAUGAUGAGAUAUAUGGUAAGAUGAAGCAGAGAUACAAAAUUGGACAAGUAUGCAGGAUGGGAGAAGAGGUUGAUGUGAAGUACGCAUGCAGAUUUUGUUGAGUGUAUGGGUCAAAGUACAGAUAAGAUAUGAGUAUGGACUCUGGUAAGAGCAAUGUCGAUGGAGUGAUUGAAUUGAUGGAAGCCAUGCAUUAAAUUGAGAAUGUCAAU